AUGGAAGAUCCUCGAAGGCGUCCCGCCGGCGCGCCGCCUUCCCGCGGCCCGGCUGGCCCUUCUCCCGUCCGCAAUCCCGGGGGAAGCCCCAUGACUAGCAAUGCCUCUCGGCGCGGCCCGUCCAGCACUACUGGCGCCGGCGGCGGAGGCGGCGGGAGCUCAGCGGGCCGCGGGAGAGCGCGGCCGCUCAGGGGAACUUCCGGCACUUCCGCUCCGCCAGCUCAAAGGGGCGCGGGGGGCCCUGUCGCAGCUCCGCCAGCUAAGUCCGCCGCCGCAGGUAGGGGCGCGAGGAGUGGGAAAGGUUUGCGCAUGCGCCCGGCGCGCCCGCGCGUGCAGUUGCGGAAGUACCCCGGAUUAAAGCCCGCCAUAUCGAGCUAUAGUAAGCUACGCGCGCGCGCCACGGGACAGCUCGUGGAGCCGAAAAAGCGCCUGCGGUUCAGCGAUAAGGUGGAGGUUGCCACGUGGGACGCUGACGUGGACGACGAUCCCGGCGCCAACUUAGCAGCAGCUGCUGCCUCAAGUUUACCCGCUAAUAGCAAGAGGCUUUUUCCCCGAAAUGUGCUUCUCGGCGCCGCGGAAAGUAUCAACGACGCUGCGGGAGGUUUGUUCGGGCAGUCCAAAAGGGAGCUUCCUAAGGAUCUGCCCACAGAGUUUGUCCGAGACGCUCCGAGAUCGAAGGAGUUAAAGAAGGCUUAUAAAAAGGAGAUGCGCGCGCGGGGCGACAGUGAUUAUGCUAAGAAGGAGCACCGACCAAGGACCAAGAAGGACGGCGAAACGCGAGAGCGGAAGGCGGUCGCUGGCGGGCAGACAACAAAUAAAGGAGCGGGCAGGGGAAAACCCGGCGACAGGUCCGUUUUAUCCAGCGGGGCGCAGUCUUUCGGGCAGCUUGAAACGAAGUCGGAUCGGGCAGCACUGGAAAAGAACGUCAUGGGGACCGGUAGCAGGAGCUUGAAGGAGGGGGCCGCGGAGGGGAUUGAGGAGAAAGUGAAGGUGGAAGGGGAGGAAGAAAGAGUGAGAGAUAACGACGAUAGUGAUGUGAGCGAUAGCGAUAGUGAUAGUAGUGAUGAUGAUGAUGACGAGGAUGAGGAUGGGGAGGAAAAAGUACAAGGGGUCUGGGUAGACGAGGAUGUAGAGUUGUCGGAAGGGGAGGAAGACGAGGAAUGGGGAGAAGAAGGGGUGGAGCAAGGCCAGCUGGAUGCUGACGUGGCACCUGCUGCUGGCAGCCACGUGGCAGCAUGGGACGGCGUGGAGUCCCUCCUCCAUAGGCGCGCCGCUUUCCCCCCGAGGGGCGCAGCUUUCCCCCCGAGGGGCGCAGCCUUCUCCCCGAGGGGCGCAGACUUCCCCCCGAGGGGCGCAACCUUCCCCCGCGGGGCGCAGCCGUCUCUGCAGAUGGGCGCCACUGCAGUGGGAGUGGAGGCGUUGACGCUGGCAGAUAACGACAAAAAGCAGAUGGGCGCAUCUGCAGUCGGAGUGGAGGCGUUGACUUUGAAAGACUCGCUGCCAGAUAACGACAAAAAGCAGGUGCGGAUUGGGGGAGAUAACGACAAGAAGCAGGUAUGGAUACGUGGGUGGCGGCCUGCUGGUAAUGCUGGUGGUGGCGGCGGUGGUGGUGGGAACUACGGUGGUGGUGGUGGGGGUUACGGUGGUGGCGGGGGUGGUGGUUACAGUGGUGGUGGUGGCGGGGGUGGGGGUUACGGUGGUGGUGGGGGUUACGGUGGCGGUGGUGGUUACAGUGGUGGUGGGGGUUACGGUGGCGGUGGUGGUUACAGUGGUGGUGGGGGUUACGGUGGUGGUGGGGGUGGGGGUUAUGGUGGUGGUGGUGGUGGUGGUGGGGAAGGUGGCAUGCCCAGCCGCCAAGGAGCAGGAGGGGGUAUGGGGCAGGGUGGGCGAGCAGGGGGGGCACAGAGGCCGUUGGAUUGGAAACAGCAGGUGGCUCAGAUGAACCAGGCGAGCAAGGAGAAGCAGAAGGACCGCAUUAUGAAGAUGUUAGCUGAUGGCCCUCAGGAUAAAAGCCGCACUGAAUGCAGCAGGCGAGCAAAGGAGAAGCAGAGGGACCGGAUUAUGAAGAUGCUGGCGGAUGGCCCGCAGGACAAGAGAGGAAGUGGCGGUGGGGCCACCCUUCUGGCCAGAUCCACCCCCACUCCCACCUCCACCGCCACUGCCGCUGCCUCCUCCCCCACCACCGCCGCCGCCGCCUCCACCGCCCCCGGUCCUGCCGCCACCCCACCCACCGCCUCCACCCCCACGUCCACCCCCACCACCUCCACCACCCCCGCCGCCUCCACCACCGCUCCCUCCACCGCCACCUCCGCCACCCCUGCCACCCUUGCCGCCCCUGCCACCACCACGCUUCCCACCAGGAGCGGAAGCCGCUGCGACCUUCUCCGCACCGAGGAAGUCGACAGCAAUCUUGAUCCAGACUUCAGUCCGGGCGGCUUCUGGUACUCGCACACCAUCCCUGAAACAGAGAGAACAAGAGCAUUAGCAACAAUUCAACAAUCGGCAGCAGCAGAGACAACAUCGGCAGCAGCAGAGACAACAUCGGCAGCAGCAGAGACAACACCGGCAGCAGCAGAGACAACAUCGGCAGCAGCAGAGACAACAUCGGCAGCAGCAGAAGCAACAACAGUAGCAGCAGGAACAUCAACACCCAUCGCUGGUCCUUCAACAGCACCACCCUUCGUCGACGAUACAUCACCAACACCCGCACAACAGCUUCAACCAACGCCGCGAGAAGCGUUUUCGUUUGGCUGGCUGUCGGUGCCGACGCCAGCCACAGCCAUGGCAACGCGCUGUCCCGUUGUGCCAGCGCAUUUACAUUUCCUAGACGUCACGCAACACAGCACUGUGGUCGUAGUGCCCCCCUCUCCCAACGCGCACCGCCUUUUGGUUCCGAGUGCAGUGGACGGUGAUGGGGUUUCAUGCAGCUGGACUAUGGCCGUCCCCGCCGGCGGACCGUGCGAUGGGGAGCCCGUGCUUUCCGCCCUAGACUUCCUAACGCGGGGCAAGCAGAUCGCUUCUGCUGCCCCUCCGAUUGCGUCGACCUCUGGUGCGGUACCUUUGCCCAGCUCGGAAAAUGGCGAUCAACACGUGCCAGCAACCACUACCCCAACUACGCUAUUAUCCACUCCGAUGCCUGACAACGGUGCAAAUAAGAGCAUCCCUCCAGUUUCGGUCGCUACCACCUCUCGCAGUGCUAACCCAGUCUUGCCUGACAGAUCACUGAAGAAGCGGUAUAGGCAGCGGGUUCUCACCGUCGGCCGACCGGGCGGUCCGACUCAGCCAGCACCGUCAGUUCUUCUGCGACCCACGGAACCAGAACCCGAACCCGCGAAUGAAGACUUCGAAGACUCGAAGGGCAAGCAACUGUCGGUUGAGGAGCUUCAGUUGAAGUGCAAGCAGCAGUGGCAGCGGUAUUUUCCUUGGCUCCUCAUCUCCGAAAACAAGGCCGGCCGCCCCUGCAUGCGCUGCAGCAUCUGCAUGGUCUUCGGUGACCCGAACUACAAAUACGGGCGCAACGGCGAUGGCGGCAUCGACAUCCAGAAGCAGACGAUGCGCAAGCAUCACCACAGUCUGAAACACGAGGCCGCGGUCUCGAGGAAGGAGGAGCGCAACGGCGUGAAGAAAGUGCAGAAGUCCAUUGCUGACUUCCACCGUGGGGACGCUGAUGUCGAGGCAACUCAUGUGCUGCCAAUGGUGCACAACACAACCUUACUGCUGCGCACACGCUACCUCGACUGCGACGACGCGAUGUUUGGCCAGGGUGGAGACGCGUUGGGCCCGUUCCUCGACAAGCACGCAUCAGGGGAGUUCCGCGAGGUCCUCGUUGCUGCCACUGCUUCCGACGGCACAUCGGUCAGCCAUCGAUACCGACUGCACGAGGAGAAAAUCAAGGGGCAGACGAGUGGUGUGGACCACCAAGCAUGUUUGGGGCUGGCGCGCGAGUUCAUCACGACCCUGGUCGGUCGGCUCGACUACCGCCUCAAGGAUCUGUCACACCUCGACGGGGCGAAGCUGUUCAAGCAGGGAUCCUAUCCCAAGAACUAG